AUGGAGCCAGCAUGCCCGUCUCAGCCAAGAGAGAGAGGUGGGGUGAGGAUGUUCAAUAAGUUGAGUGGCAGUGGCACUGCAACAAGCAAGGUCACUGAGUGCACCCGCAUCCUACCCUACAACUAUGGUACUCCCAAACCUAUUCGAAUUGCUGCAUUAAAUGCUGCUUCGUCAGCUGCAGAUGAGUCUCAAGACCCCUUGAAAAGUAAAAAAAGCAGAACAAAAGAAGCUCAGGAAGCAGAGGCUUUUGCUCUUUAUCAUAAGGCUUUAGAUCUACAGAAACAUGACAAGUUUGAGGAGUCUGCCGAGGCAUAUCAUGAGCUGCUUAAAACGCCGCUCCUCAAAGAGGCUAUGCCCUCGGAGGAUCAAAGCAUGGGUCUCAAGCAUCCCGGACUGAUGUUGAAGUAUUCCACUUUUAAAAACCUGGCUAGUAUGGCUGCAUCACGAGAUGACCUAGAAACAGCGAUGGACUUUUACUUAGAGGCUGUUCUAUUGGAUUCUACUGAUGUGAACAUGUGGUAUAAAAUUGGACAAGUGGCUAUACGACUGUUGCGCAUUCCCUUGGCCCGACAUGCCUUCGAAGAGGGAUUACAGUGUAAUCCAGACCACUGGCCCUGCCUGGACAAUUUGAUCACUAUUCUUUACACACUCUGUGAUUAUACCUGGUGUUUGUACUUAAUCAGUAAAGCCCUUGAAAAGGAUCAUUGUUACACAAAAGGCCUGGUUUUGAAGGAAAAAAUCUUUGAGGAACAACCCAGUCUUAAAAGGGACACAAUGCAGAUGUUCAAAAAAUGUGACAUGUCUAUUCACUACGUGGAAGUGGAAGAUGAGGAACGUAAAUCUAUUGUGGACGAGGCUUUGGAUUUGCGAAAACGUAGACAGGCAUUGUCUUACACGGAACCGACCCCUGACCUUGUUUUGAUUAAGCCUAUUCGCUGUCUUUCGUGGAAGCAUGUGGGUGAAUGCCUUGUUGCAAUGUAUAGAUAUCAAACCACAUGUGGACCGCCACGACCAAGUCUUGGUCGCAGGAUUGACUUGUCAGUAUAUCGUGACCGAAGCUUUCUCCAAAACCUGCCUGAACCCAGCAGUCCAACCAGCACAGGCCAGACGACAGUGCUGAGCAGCAGCCCCAGCUCAUCUCUGCCGCCGACUGUCCUUCCUGAGCCGUCAGCACUGUCACAACCUGCCCUUCAAACCCAAAUUGCAAUUGUGGAAAUCCCCACAGCUGCUGCUUCAGUCGUUUCAGCAAUAGACAUUUCUCUAGCAGAUAAAGCAAAGAAGACACCUAAAAGGAAGCGUGCAGUAGAAGACAAUGUCGAGACUGCUAAGAGACGCUCAGCGCGGGUUCGAAAUACUAAAUGCAAAAAAGAGGAGAAAAUUGAUUUUCAGGAAUUGCUGUUCAAGUACCUUCCUUCAAGAUUAAGGAAAUUUGAUCCUGAAAAUGAAGAUGAAAGUCUGAGCAAUCUUGAGAGACAGUGUGUUGGAAAGGACGACACACAAUCUCUUCUUGGGAGCUGCAUUCCAGUUGAUAUAGUUGAUUACAUGAAAUCUGAGCAACAGGAUGUUCAUAACUUCCUCCUUAAGAAUAUGACAAAUGGAGGAAUACUGGACCUGAUGUUGUGCUAUCUGAAGGCAGUGGGUCAGAAAUUCAUGGAGGAGUGGCCCCCAGGUAUGACUGCUGUGGUGCUGGAAGUCUACCAGAUUUGGAGAAAGCACAGCUCUGGUCUUCCGAACCCUUUGUUUCGGGACUGUAGUAACCACCAACACAUCCGGGAAAUGUUGGAAAUGAGCUUGGCCUGCAUGGAAUUGCAGCUAGAACAAUGGUUGCACAACAAAGGCAAGACUGUUGUCACUCCUAGAAGAAGCACAGGUUCCAUUAAUGACAUGCCUGAAAAUGAAUUCCCUGGGCAAUAUUUUAAAGCUGAUAUUUUGCUCCUGGCUUUGGGGUCAUCUCAAAAAGAACUGUUUGAGGACAAAUGUUUGGAAGUCACGGUCCGUGUCUACUGGCUGAAGGCGAGAUCCCUCGCUCUUCUUGGAGAUAUGGAAUUGUCUCAAGAAAGCUAUGAUGUCUGCACAGGGCUACUGCAGACCAAACCCAAGCUCCCUGAUGGAAAAUAUUUUACUAUCAAACUGCCUAAUUUAAGGGUAGAUGCAGCUAUCUCUAUUGAGGAGAUUGACAAAAGACUGAAGUCUUUGGAGCGCUGUCAGUCUUUAGAGGAAAUCCAGCGUCUCUUUGAGUCUGAAGACUUUGAGUCGGUUGUGCGCUUGUUGCAGCCUACUCUCAAUUACGGCAGCAGGAGUAAACAUUUGGAGUUUGUCAGCUCAGCACCAGAGCGUCCUGCUCAGCUUCUAUUAUUACAGAAUUCACUCUUGAGGCUACAAGAUUACCAGCAAUGUUUAGAGACAAGUGAGUUGGCUAUGAAUGAAGCUCUGCAGCAGCUCAAUUCUUCUACAACCAGCUCUUCACCUUUGAAAGAAGAAUGGGUCAGCACCAUUACAAAACUGUUGGAGGGCAUUGACACCUGCUUUACAAAGGACUCAGAGCUCCUUAACAACAUAACUCACUUUUCCAGUAUGGCUCGACUGGCAAAUAAUCUUAUUCAGCUGAUCGACCUUAGCAUGACAACUUCCGACGAUCCCAAAGAGCCGUAUUUCUUCUCUGUGCUGCCGUGGAUUAUUUUAUACCACAUAAUCAAACAUGAGGAAGCUGCUUUCAAUGCUAUGCUUCAACAACAUUUGUCUGUAGGGGAUGACGAAGAUGACUCAGAUGUUCCAAUGCUGCCAUCCUCCCUUAUGCUUCUGAACACUGCUCAUGAGUAUCUUGGACGCCGUUCCAUGUGCUGUUGUUCAGAUGGUUCACUACUCAAGUUUUUCGUCAGCGUUUUGGAAAAGGAGUUUGCUGCCACCGCCAGCAAUAUCUGUCAUCCCUACAAAGAGGAGUUGGAGAUGGCUUUGGAACAGUGCUUUUUCUGCCUAUAUGCCUAUCCUAGUAAGAAGAGCAAGGCCCGCUUCCUUGAGGACCACUCCUCACCACAGGUUGAGUUGUUGUGGAGUGAGGCCCUUUUCAUGUUCCAGUAUUUUAAACCAAAAUCCCUGCCUGAGUUUGACAGCUACAAAACAAGUACAGUCUCUGCAGAUUUAGCUAAUCUGUUGAGAAGAUUUGCAGGAAUCGCCCCUCCAAGUGAAAGUCCUACCCUUACCAUGGAUGAGGUAGCAGCCUAUAUUGAUGGCAUCACAAAGCAGACCCCAAGCCUUCCUGAGGGUACUCCUCCUGCCCCACCAAUCAUUAACGAGGUUUACUACUUGCUGGCUGAUUAUCACUUCAAGAACAAGGAGCAGUCGAAAGCCAUUAAGUUUUAUAUGCAUGAUAUCUGUGUAUGCCCCAACAGGUUUGAUUCCUGGGCAGGGAUGGCCUUAGCCAGGGCCAGUCGUAUUCAGGAGAAACUCAAUUCAAAUGAACUCAAAAGUGAUGUACCCAUAUGGAAGCACUCACAGGCAGUGCUCAACUGCUUUCAGCGGGCUUUGGAGAUUGACAGCUCCAACCUAUCGCUCUGGAUUGAGUAUGGAACCAUAUCAUAUGCUUUGCAUUCCUUUGCUUCCCGACAGCUAAAACAGUGGCGUGAUGAGCUUCCACCAGAGGUUGUAAAACAGAUGGAGGAAAGGAAGGAAUCCAUGUUAGAGACUGCAUGUCAGUGUUUCCAGGGAGCUUCGCGUUGUGAGGGAGACAGUGAUGAAGAAGAGUGGCUCAUACACUAUAUGCUAGGGAAGAUUGCAGAAAAACGCAAACAGACACCAGUGGAAUAUCUGAACCUUUACAAAAAGGCAGCGCACUUUCUGCAUGAAGAGGCUGCCAGGUACCCUCGUAAAAUCCAUUAUCACAAUCCACCUGACCUGGCAAUGGAAGCCCUGGAGUUGCACUUCCGUCUCAGCGCCACCAUCCUAAAGCUGUUGGAGACUAAUGAGCCCAAUCUGGACCAUGAAGUUUUGUUCAGUUUGUUGGUUGAGGCUGCUACUGGCCCCUUUGCCAUAGGGGAAGAAAAGAGUAUGCCCAGUAUACCUAGGUCUAAUGAAAAGGAGAAAUCGAUCUCUGUGGUAGAUGAGGACUUUAAUAGUUCUUCCGUUGGCAUGGGCAAUAUCCUUAGCUCUUCCCUUCAAUCAGCUGCCACUCCAGGUGUGACAUCCCCUCUCUACGUGGCCACGCCGUUUGACCACGAUUACGCCAAACGCAAAACUCUUCGACGGCAGCAGUGGCAGCAGCAGCGGCAUGAGGAACAGCAGGCUGAUGCCUCACCAGAGUUUGACCAUGAUUACUGCUUGCCCAGGUCUUCAAUGUGGCUGGCUUCCCUGAAUGAUCGCAGUCAGGACAGUGAGGUGGUGUUGCUUUCUGACUCCAACUCCACCCAGGAUGCUUUCACAGAUCCUACCAGCUCACAAGACAGUACCCACAAACCUGCCAGUGGUAAAGUCAGCUCUUCAUCAUCAGAGAGCACAACCCCUGUGAAGGAAGGACAGCCUGCGUCUGAGGAUACAGAGUCACACGGAGAGUCGACUGUUCCCCAGACAGAAGAAAAUCUGGUUGAGGAAAUUGUGGAGAUGGUAGUGACACUUCCUGAGACUUCAGCUGCUAAAAUUUCUUCAGAUUUCUGCCUUCCUUCUGUACUUGUACCAGCUACCCCUCCGAAAGCCGCUUCCACUCCACAGAUUGCCUCUCAAAGCCCAGCCAACGAAGGCAAAAAGAAGCCAGAGCCUCCUGCUGAGGUGAUAGAGGUACCCAAGGCCCUGCCCGCAGAAUAUGCUGACCAGAGAAGGAUGCUGGUGGAAAUGUGCGUCCGUUCUCUUUUCCUCUGCCUCGGACGGUUCCCUCAACACUAUAAGAGUCUGUACCGCCUGGCUUUCUUUUACUCCAAAAGCAAAACACACCAGAACCUACAGUGGGCCCGAGAUGUGUUGCUAGGAAGCAGUGUCCCAUGGCAACAACAGAAGCACAUGCCUGCACAAGGACUGUUCUGUGAAAGAAACAAGACAAACCUAUUCAAUGGCAUCUGGCGUAUUCCAGUAGAUGAGAUUGACCGCCCAGGAAGUUUUGCAUCUCAUAUGAACCGAUCUAUUGUCCUAUUACUGGAGGUGUUAUCACAGCUUCAAGAUCACGACACCUUGCUGAAAGUCUCUUUCAUGCUGCAGAGAACCCCUGACCAGGGAAAAAAAUAUUUACGGGAUGUUGAUCGCCAGGUUUUGGCCAAGAGAGCAUUUUUCCUUAAUGUAAAAGUCCUGGAGGACAAUCUGAACAGUCUCACCAGGGUGCAGCUUCCCAAAGCAGCGAUACCCUCCAUGGGGGAGAUGACUACGACAGUUGCAUCCAACAGGCCAAGUUCAGAGGACACCAAACAUGUGCUUCCCAAGAAGCCAGUCCUCACAGAAGGGACUUGUUCUACUGAUACUGGACACAGAGAAGUCUCUCAUCCACCAAUCCGGGCACUCGCACCAUCUGGAGAUAAAGGUGGCAACGUUGACAAUCAACCUGGAAAGGUGGAACCUGCUGGGAUUGAGGGGCACAGAACAAGACCAGAGGAGCCAAUGGAUUUGGAAUCCAGCCAUUGGAGGAGAGCAUUAAUAACUGCAGAUAUUCAAAACAGAGAAACAGAGGUACCGAUCUCUCUGGGCACAAUAGAACCACAGCAAAAAGUGAUCGACAACAGUCGGACAUCAGAGCUGUCUCUGGAGGAUCUAAGUAUUAGUUCCCGCCAACAGCAGCUCCAAUCCUCAGCAAGCAAGGUCACUUUGGCAGCCAGCAGCACUGAUCAAGGUUUACUAAGAAGGCCCAGCAGAAAAAGGAAACUUUUAGAGGAUGUGGAGUCGGGAAAAACCCUACUGCUUGACGCCUACAGGGUUUGGCAACAAGGCCAGAAGGUUAUGACCUAUGACCUAGGUCGUAUUGAGAAGAUCAUGUCGGAGACAUACAUGCUCAUAAAACAGGUUGAUGAAGAUGUGGCCCUGGACCAGGCUGUUAAGUUUUGCCAAAUACAGAUGGCUACUUCCGCUCAACGACAGGCCAUGUGUGACACCCCUACUACGCCGAAAUAUACCAAGGAACACAGAGAUCUCUUCUUCCCAGCCACCCUGCUCAGCCAUGCCGCAUGCCAUCCAUUAUCCAACCAAGACGCUCACGUUAAAGUGAUGUUUGAGCCCUUGAGCAAGCUACCCAGACCUCAAACGCCGGGCUUCCAUGAUCAGCACACGCAGAGGAAAAUGGCUUGCCAUCCGGUGACUGAUACAGCGUUGUCCUUCCUACAACAUACAGAGGAGCGUGAGGAGCCCACAGAGGGACUCUUGUACCGACAGCAGGAAUCCCACCUCUGUCACCAGAUGAAAAUGGCGUCCGUCUCCCACGCUCGGGAAGCAGCGGCAGCAGCCAGCUCAUUCCGUGAGGAAACGGCUACUUGUAGCAGCAGCACACAACAGUGUACAGACCAGCAGCUCUAUGCCAGCAGUGAUUUGUCAAAGCUUCCAGACGCCAGUCGAAUCCGCUCCCGCGUCCCGCCGAACAUGCCAAAGCUCUUCAUCCCCUCCACUGUCACCAAGUUCCCCCCGGAAAUUACAGUGACCCCACCCACGCCCACUCUUCUUUCUCCCAAAGGCAGCAUCUCGGAGGAAACCAAACAAAGGCUAAAGAACGUCAUCCUGUCGUCGCAGUCCGCGGCCACUGUCAAGAAGGACAAUCUGAGCCAACCCUCACUCGAGGUGCAGGAGACGUCAAGCCAGGAGUCGUCUCUAGAGAGCGAGUCAGACGAGGAGGACGAUUACAUGGACAUCUGA